UCGGUUCACAGGACUCCACAGUCUUCUCUUCGUAUCUGUUGCGUGCCCCUUUUCCUAUUUAUUACACAGUGUUUCAAAAAAAAGAAAAAAAAAAAAAAAAUUACCACCUCCCCCUAAUCACUCCCUCAAAAAAAAAGUUGUACAACGCAAAACAUUUUUACUUGUACAAAAAAAAGUGUAUACAAUAUUAUUCCAAUUAGUUAAAAGAUUUCAUUUUGUUAACCUGGGAUCUUUUGGAGUGCAAAAAAAUUUUUUUUAACCUUAUGGAUUUUUAAAAUAAGAUAAAAUGUUGUCUAGCAGUAGAAAAUUUCGACUUGCGUCAGCCACAUUAGGCUUCAGUAGUAUAGAAUUGAUGAUAUGGCUUUGGAUCAGCUGCAACUUUGUUACUUUGGCUUUUUCGCAAAACAAUUUUUACACAAGUGGUCGAUAUGGCAAAAGAGAAGAAAGCGCUGCUCCUGUAGGUGAAGUGUUCCUGGCAGGUAGCAGAUAUGGAAGAAGUGGAAUGAUGGGCAUGAAAAAUUCACGUACCGGGCCAAAAGUCUCGGACAUGGCACCUAGGGUCGACCGUUUCUAUACCGGAAGUCGUUAUGGGAAAAGGGCCCAUAUGCAAUUGUAUAAUGCCGCAUCGUUGAAGGAAUUUGAAGAAGCUCUCAAUUAUUUAGAUCGUGUACAACAUAUGAAACGAGAGGACAGAAUAAAAUACGACAAAAAUAAUGAAAACAAUGAAGAUGCGGACAAACAAGAAGAUGAGCAGAAUCCUCUGGUUCUUUGUGAAAUAUACGAGUCGCUGCUAAUAAAAAAGACAUUUCCAUUGGCUUUGCAAAAAGGAGUGUAUUGUCCUUUUCUCGAUCCUCCGUUUCAAAUCAAGAACAUCUUUAGCAUCAAAUACACCAGUAAAUCAUAAAAAUCAUUUUCAAUAAAAAAAAAAGUAAAUUAUAACUUCUCGACAUAAUUGUUCAAAAAAAAAAAAUAUUAUUUCAAAUUAAAAUACUCUCUCAUUCAAUAAUGAAUUUUUUUUUUAAUUUUAAAAUCAUCAACAUUAUUGUUAUAGCAUCAGAUAUAAAUCAUCGAGAAAAAAGUGAAAAAUAAGUUUUCUUUUCGUUGAAAUAUUAUUACUCGCACACCAGAAAAAGAGAUAUAUAUAUGUCUUUGUCAUUGUCAAUUAUAAUUAAUUAAAAUAGAAAUUAGAAAAUUAUAAAUUUAUUAUAAAUUACAUAAAACAUGAAUCAUAAAAUAAAAUAAAAUUAAAAAAAAAAACAAAUAAAUACUAUUAUAAAGUAGUGUUCGGAGGAACAAAGGAAAUUGAACAUUAAUUAUAGUGCAAUUACAAAUGUUAUAAUUUCUAUUAUAUAGAGUUUAUUGGCCUGUUUAUAUAAUAAAAGACAAUUUGUUGAGAAAAAGAA